GUUUUAAAUACGCAACUUUUCGGAGCAUUUCUACCAUGAACAGUAGCUGAGUCACAGUGGGAAUGUCACUGUGAUGGUCAGUAGCAGGAGCUUUGACUCCUCUGUGCUGGUCUGAGGUGGAGAGAAGUGAGGAAGAAAGAAGAAAGAAUGGAGCAGGCACACAGCCUGUUACUGAAUGAGGACAUCUGCAGUCGGCUGGGGGAGCAGCAGAGGGGUGAAUUUGUGUUUGAAUGGUUGCGCUUUCUAAAGAAGCUGCUGCCCAACACUCAGCGAGCAGAUGUGAAGCAGAAACAGAAGCAGCUGGUAGAGCAGCUGACAAGCAUUCUGAUUGGUUCUCCUGGCCCCUCAACACGCUGCCUUUUAGCUCAGUGUAUAGCUUUGUUGUACAGACAGGGGGACUCACUCUCAUCCAGCCUAACUGUGGAUCGCUGCCAUGACAUUAUCAAGAGCAAAGAUGAUUCGCCCAGCUUUCUGCCAAGCCGCCUGGCAGCCGUGGCAUGUCUGGGAGCGAUGUACGAGCAGCUUGGCCGUCUCCUCAUCAACUCUUUUAAAGAAACAGUUGCAAACCUUCUAAAAGCUGUGAAAAGUGCCGAGUCUCAGGGGCGCUGUGAGAUUAUGCUGUGUGUAGAGAAGAUCCUGAAGGGUUUGGGGGUGAGUGCGGUUCCCUGUCACAGAGACAUCUACAAAGCCACUCGCUCCUGCCUUACUGACCGCUCAAUGACUGUCCGCUGUGCUGCCGCAAAGUGCCUGUUGGAGUUGCAGAGAGAAGCUGUGUUCGUCUGGUCCACAGAGCUGGAGAACAUGGCCUCACUUUGUUUCAGAGCUUUUGAAGGCUCCAACUACGACGUGCGUGUUGCUGUUUCCAAACUGCUGGGCACCCUGUUUGCUUCAGCUCUCCACCCCAGACAAGUUACGGCUCCCCAGCCAGGUUCAAAAUCUAGCUCUCUAGAAGAGGUGAUGGAGCUGGUGUCCAGUGGCUUUCUGCGACGUGGAGUAGGUUUUCUUCGGGCCAGCGGUGACAUGCUGAAGGGCACGAGCUCAGUUAACAGUGUUGUACGCAUUGGCAUUACACAGGCUUGUGUGGUGUUUAUCUCUAUUCUGGGACGAUCGUGGCUGGAGACGCAUUUCUCCACCCUGCUGCCCCUGCUGAUGGAUCUGGUGUGUGAUGCUCGAGUCAAUCAGAACCCAGCUGAUGCUGUUUGUUGCCGCCGUUGCGUCUCCUUCAUCCUAAGAGCCUCUGUAGGGAGUCUGCUUGGGGAGAAAGCGCAGAUAGCAGCUGCAAAUCAACUCUGUCUGGCCAUUGGCAGACAGAAAACAGCUGUGGAUGCAGGAGGAAACAUGGAGCUACGAGCAACCAGCGCAGAUAUGAUGACCAAUCAGCACAUGCUGGUGUGCAUCUUGCUGGAGCUGGGCAGUUUGGUACGAGACCUGAGAUCCACUGCUGCACCACUGCUGCUUGAUACUAGUGUCGCAAUGUUGGACACUGUCAUCUCUGUGCUUCUGCACCCCAGCGUAUCAGCACGGUUGGCAGCUGCCUGGUGCUUGCGCUGUGUUGCCCUGGCGAUGCCCACUCAGUUGGUCACUUUGCUUGAUCGCUGUUCAGAGAGACUUAAUGCACUAAAAUCGUGCCCUGAGGCCGUGGCCGGAUACAGUGCUGCCAUCUCGGCUUUACUGGGUGCUGUACAUCAAUGCCCGCUGGGAAUACCACACUCCAAAGGCAAGGUGGUGAUGUGUUUGGCUGAAGAUUUUCUGCGCUCUGCUGCCCAGAACAGUCGAAUUUCUACACAGAGAACACAGGGAGGCUGGCUGCUGCUUAGCGCUCUGACCACACUGGGAGCCAAUGUGGUGAAACACCUCCUGCCUCGAAUGCUGCUGCUGUGGAAAUGCACUUUUCCUCAGUCUGUGAAGGAGCUAGAGAGUGAGCUGAGACGUGGAGACUUGUUUACAUGGCAGGUGAUGCUGGAGAGCCGUUCAGGAGCACUGAGUGCAAUGAAGAAUCUGGUGGUUCACUGUAAAGAUCUUCUAACUGAUGAUGUCAUUAGCAGACUGCUUCCUCUUCUCAACUGUGCUGUAGCUCUGCUGACUCAGUUGCCCUCUCUGGUGAAAUCCUGUGGAAACCAGAUCAAGAAUGUUGUCACUUUAUUCCGACUGAGGGUGUAUGAGAUCCUUGCUCUGAUGCCACCCAAAACCAUUGAAGAGAGUUUAGGGACAGUGUUAAAACAGCUGCUGAAUGAUCUUACUGCUCCUGAGAACACGGUGUGUAAUGAGCCAAGCCUGCUGCGCCCACUGUACCACAGUUCUGACCUUUCACUACUGGGUCCAGCUGUGCACGACCUGGACCAGCACUACAUCGAGGAGCAGCUACAUGAAGGCACUAUGGGAGGUGGAACAUUAGAGAAUGACCCCUUUACGAUUUGUGAAAAAGCUGUUGAGGCACCCACACCUUUUCCUCCAGCUGCUGUUCUUCCUAGUGCAGCAGUCCAGCUUUUUGGAGUCAUUUUUUCUCAUUUAGAUGUUCAACAGAGAGCUCAGAUCCUGGAGCAGUUCUCUGAGAGCGUAAAGCAGCUAAAGGGAGCUCGGCAGCAGACAGUUCACAUCCAUGUAACAGCUGCUUUUUGCUGUACUCUUAAGCGUUUGGCAUUAGAUCAUGUGACUCUGGGUCCAGUAGAGGUACAGAAGCCUGCACUCUUUCUGCUGUUAGGGGCACUCGAGAGCUCUAACCCCCUGCUGCGCUGCGUGGCUGCUGAGGGUUUAGCCAGACUGGUUCAGGUUCUCAACGAGCCCAACUUCACAGUCUCCCUCAGUCUGAUGAGCUUUGAAAAGCUGAAGGCAGCAAGGGAAGCACUUACACGAACAGGUCAUGCCCUGUUACUAGGGACACUCUAUCGUUACCUGGGGGGCAUCAGCUCACCCCAGCACCUUGGUGCCUGUGUAGGCAUUCUUUUCACACUUUCUCAAGACAGCACAUCACCAGAGGUCCAGAUGUGCGCCCUUCAUGCAUUAUCCAUGGUGGUGGAUCAGGCAGGACCUCUAUAUCGCAGUCACAUGGAGGCGAGUUUGACUUUGGUGCUGCGGCUGCUCCUCUCUACACCACAUACGCAUGCAGAAGUGCAGCAGAGUUUGGGUCGCUGUCUCAACGCCCUCAUCACAUCGCUGGGACCCGACCUGCAGGAUGAAAGUGCUGGGAUGUGUGCGGUGAGAAGCUCAUGUUUGCUGGCCUGUACUAUAAUGCAGGACAAUCCAGACUGUCUGGUGCAGGCUCAGGCUAUUGCAUGUCUCCAACAGCUGCAUAUGUUCUCACCCCGCCACAUUGACCUAGCCAGCCUGGUGCCCAGCCUCUGUAUGAACCUGUGCAGCUCGUACCUGUCACUGCGCAGGGCAGUGGUGGCGUGUUUGCGUCAGCUAGCCCAACGUGAGGCGGUAGCGGUAUCAGAAUGUGCUGUAGCUCUGGUGAAGGAGCUGCCACGAAGAGACAACACACAGCUGGAUGUCACCAUUAAGGAGGUUGGUUUGGAGGGAGCUCUGUACAGCUUACUAGAUCGUGAGUGCGAUUCCCAGCUUUGCCAAGACAUUCAAGAGACCCUCAUCCAUAUGAUAAGCUCAACCACUGAGAGCCAGCUGGCACACUGGCUCAAACUCUGCAAGGAUGUGCUUUCUUCUGCCUGCUCAGACUCUUUAGCAGCUGCCUCUGUGGAGACCAUUCAGGAAGAGAUUGCAGAAGGCUAUGAUGAUGUUUCGUUCUUUAACUCCAAGCAAGAACACAGCGGGCCCUUUAACAACCUGCGCUGGUCCACACGCGUGUUCGCUGUCGAGUGUGUGUGUCGCAUUAUAGUGCAGUGUGAGAGUGGAAGCCAGGCUCACUUUGACAUGGCUCUGGCUCAAGAGCAACGGCAACAUGAGUCCACAGAUUUUUUGGUUCUUCACCUGGCUGAUUUGGUUCGCAUGGCUUUCAUGGCAGCUACAGAUCACAGUGAGGAACUCCGGCUGGCCGGUUUACACAUGCUGCUGCUAAUCAUCCGCAAGUUUGCCAACAUCCCAGAGCCGGAGUUUCCUGGCCAUGUCAUUCUGGAGCAGUACCAGGCCAACGUGGGAGCAGCUCUGAGGCCGGCUUUUGGUGCAGACGCCCCUCCUGAUGUCACUGCAAAAGCCUGUCAGGUUUGCAGUGCAUGGAUGGCCAGCGGGGUGGUCAGUGAUCUGCGUGACCUCAGGAGGGUUUACCAGCUUCUUGCGUCUUCUCUGGUAAAAGUACAGGGAGGUCGGGACAUGCCCAAUCCUCUUUACAACGAGAGCACUAUAACCAUGGAGACGCUGGCCGUGCUUAAAGCUUGGGCAGAGGUGUACAUUGUGGCAGUGCAGAGCAGCAGCAGACAUAAGGGACAGCAAGAGCCUGAGGAUGAAGCUGGAGCUUCUGGUCUGCUUAAUCUGGUACAGUCUGAACUGGGCACAUUGAGUCGUCUGUGGCUGGCUGCACUACAGGACCACGCGUUGCUCACACUGUCUCCAGACUACGCCAGCCGGCUGCCCACUACAGGUGGUACGUUUUACACCGCUGAAUCAGUGGAUCUGGUACGUCAGCAUUACUCUAAAUCCUGGGCUCCGAUUCUCCAUGCCACAGCACUCUGGCUCAGCAGCACCGAGUUCAUCAUGGCAGACGAGGGGCCGGCUAAUCUCUCCAGACCUGUUACCCCUACCUCAAUGGGCCAGUCCACCUCGCUUACCAGCGCCAAGUCCCCAGAGGACAUCAGCAUGGAGCGCCUCUACCUUAUUCUUGGCAUUAGUGUGGAGUUCCUGUGCUCACCCCAUUCCCAGAACCAAAUGGAGAACAUCGCCUCAUGUCUUCAAGCUAUGCAAGCCUUACUUGAUGUGCCUUGGCCCAGGUCCAAAGUGGGAAAUGAUCAGGUGCUGAGUGUAGAGCUCCUCAGUGUUCUGCACAGGCUGAUCGUGACUCGAGAGUCUCCGCAGAUUCAGUUGGCUGUGCUACAGUUGGUGAAGCAGGUGGUGUGUGCUGCUCAGGAGCAUGUGAAAGAGAAACGCCACAGUGCUGAGGUGGAUGAUGGGGCAGCUGAGAAAGAGACAGUACCAGAGUUUGGCGAGGGACGGGAUACGGGCGGUCUGGUUCCAGGGAAGUCUCUGGUGUUUGGAGCUCUGGAACUGUGCUUGUGCACACUGCUACGCAAAAUUCCUCAGCUGAGUCCUCGUCUGGCAGGCAGCGCCAGCAGACGGGGCAGCAUUGUGUCAUCCUUGAGUGACAGCGACUGUACUCUCGUCACCCUGGCUUUGGAAAUUCUCUCAGAACUUCCCUCCAUUUGUUCACCUGAAGGCAGUGUAUCAGUGUUACCGACAGUACUCUAUCUGUUGCUUGGGGUCCUGAGAGAGCUGGUGAGGGGCUAUGGAGCAGCAAAAACAAGUGCACUGGUACCAGGGGCCCUUCAGGCACUACGCACCGUUCUCUUAUCUCCUAUGAGCAGAGCUGAGAAGAGCUGCCAUGCCUGGGUCCAGCUGCUACGCUCUGCUUUAACUACACUGCUCGCCUGCUGGGAUACAGAUAAGACGGAGCCUGGUGUGGAUGAGAUCACUUUGCUGACUGCGCUCACCAUCUUCCUGCACUGUGCCAGUCUUGAGGUUACCACCAUAGAACCGAUAAGCACACACUGCAUCAGUAAAUUCCAGCUCUGCUUGGAUUCUAAGGACCCCAUGGUGCUGAGCCGCUGUUACCAGUUGCUUGCGUCAGUGUUUCAGGGCCCCCCGGCGGUGGCAGAGCCAUUUCUCCGGGCACUCGGUACCCCACUGGUGGCUCAGCUGCAGCAGGUGGAGAAAAACCAUCCUCAGAGCGCCAUCGAGCUACAAGCAGUGCAGGAUGGAAUUAGAGCUUUGGAGGCGUUAGUGCUCGCCGCUCCAGAGUCUCAGCGUGCUCAGCUGGUGAGCGUGCUGUUACCCAUCCUGAUCUCAUUCCUGCUGGAUGAGAAUACUUUGGCCUCGGCUCCUGAUUCCUCUCGUUCUCUUCAUGAGUCUGCUCUGAGAGACCUGAUGCGUCUGGGCCCUCAGCAUCCAACCGUUUUUAAAGCUUUCAUGACCUCCGCACCGCACAUGAAGGCCCGACUCGAGGCAGCCAUAAAGGGACACCAGGGGAUUGUAAGCACCAAGGCCACAUCAACUCAGGUGCCCGGCAGGAACCAAGCACCGAGUAUCCAACUCAAGACCAACUUCCUGUGAAUGUAUUGCAGUAUUUUUACUUCAAGAAGUUAUUUUUAUAGAUAGUGUUUUUUAAGAUGCUAGCUGAUAGUUUUAGAGGUGUAAAUAACACAUUAACCUCUGUGAGGUACAUGAAGUUCAGGGGAGACAGGAACUAGAUUAUGGUACAGAGUGAAAUUAUUUUAUUCGUCUUAAGUUUAAUUUUAAAAUCUAAAACAUUACAUUCUUUAAAUACCUCAAAACACCUUCAAAUAUUCAAUUCAUUUCUAUUUGUGUUAAUUGUGUUCUUUCAAAUCAAUUCAGAUUUCUAGCCCAGGAUACCCAGGACUAAACAAACAGAACACUGUGGAUUAAUUAUGUUAGCAUGAUGGGAUAAACGGUUUUGAAUACAGGUUAAGCAUUUGUGACGACCAAUUCUUCCUAUUUGUGUUAAGACACAACCCUAAGUCCCUUCAUUCCUGUAUUUUCUAAUCCCCAAUAGAGAUGAUUUAUCAUUUUGAAAAUGUACAAGAGCUCAAUAAUUAGCAUUUUAGAUUUUAAUGAUACGAUCAUAGUCCAUAACUAAUUUUGAGUUGCUAAUUCUGAAUUUUAGUUUGGCAUAGAGUAUACUGUAUGUAAUACAUAUGAAAUGUUGUAAUAAUCAUCACAUGCUUGCAGAAAGGAGAAACAUUUCAAGUCCCCUGUGACCUGGUUACAGAGUAGUUAAACUCAGACUAUUCAAGCUGCAGUAUGUAACUUUGGGAGAUAGCAGCAAUAAAAUAUGACCAAAACACCUUCAGCAAAUUCUACUUUUGAAAGUAUUACUUUAGAGUAUUUACUAAUUGGUACUAAGUGAAUGAAGAAACACCGAUCAGCAAAAACAUUAAAAAACCCCUCCUUGUUUCUACACAAAGAAACACUUUGUAGUUCUACAAUUACUGACUGCAGUCCAUCUGUUUCUCUACAUACUUUUUUAGAC